AUGUCCGCCCCCGAAACCGGUGACGCAUCUGUUCCCGACACGGCGGGAGGAGGGGGCGGGGUCGUCCCCCCGCCGGACACGGCUGCGGAUUCUGCAGAACCCCCCGUUGACGGGGGUGUUCCAAUAACCGCGUCGUCUUCGGGAGUGCCGGCAGACGUGGAGAGCAACGACCUCGGGAGCACCCCCGACGCUUCUUCUUCCGCUACCGGUACCGCGCCCGCCUCCGUAUCGGGCUUGCCGGCCGAUGAUGCUGGUGUACCACCGGCCGACGUCGUCGUCCCGACUGCAGAUAACGAGAUCUCGGCGUCGGUCGGCGGUGCUGACGGAUCUUCGGCCGCCUCCGCCGCCGCCGCCGCCGCUGCCGACAGCGUGGUUUUGGGGGGCCCGCCACCUGCUGCGGAGGUACCGUUUUCCGGGGACACCCCCCCGCUCAGCGUCGCUAUCCCGGAGAAGGGGGUCGCGGAGGGUGGCGGCGGCGGCGGCGGCGGCGAUGCUUCAAUCGCCACCGCGGCGGGACUAGACUUGGGGGAUGCCGCCGCGGCUGUGUCGGGUGCUGUCAACGAUGCCGUCGGUGCUGGGCAGUCGAACGGCCAGCCAGACGAUGCCGAGCGGCAGACCCCGCUGGUGGAUGCCGGGUUGGCGGCUACGUCCGACGCCCCUUCCUCGGCGUCGAAGAAGGGCAAGAAGAGCAAGUUCGGCCUCAGGAAGCCAUCGUUCCUGAAGAGGACCAAGUCGUCAACCUCCGAGGUCCCGGCUAGCGACGCCUCGGGAGGAGUUCUAUCCUCUGCCGGCGACACGCCGCUUAGCUCCGCCUCCCUGGAAACCCCGUCGGGCUACGUCCACGCCUCCACCCCGUCAUCCUCCGCGCAGUCAGUGGUCGGCGACCCGACAACGGAAGAAGGGACUUCGACGGGCGCAUCCGCGGAGGCGAAGAAGCCCAAGAGGGGUCUGUUCGGCGGCCUGUCCCUCAAGAAGAAGUCUUCGAGCAAGGGCAAGGGCAAGCUCGAGGUGCCCGAGGUGGCCUUGCCGGAUGUGCUCGCCGUCGCCGACACCGGAGGCUCACUCCCCCAAGCACCUGAGUCCGUGGCUGAGCCUAUUAGCGCUGUAGAUGUCUCGGUGCCUGACGGUGGUAGCGCGUCGCUGCCCGAGUCGAGCGGGGACCUCUCGGUGCCCGGCACUAAGGAGGCGCCAACGGACGGAGACGUGCGUGCGCCGAGGGGAGAUGUCGGCGUGCCGCUUCCCGAGGCGAGUUGUGAGCUCUCGGUGCCCGGCACUACGGAGGCGUCUAUCGGCGGAGACCUGCCCGUGCCCUUCGGUGACGUGUCUGUGCCCGAGAUGAGCGCGUCGCUGCCCGAGGAGAGCGGUGACGUCGCCGUUCCCGACCUCGUCGUUCCCGGCUCUACGGAGGGUCCUUCUGGCGUAGAUGUGCCUGUGCCUAGCGGCGACAUGGGUGUGUCGGUGCCCGAGGCGAGCGGUGACCUCUCGGUACCCGGCACUUCGGAGGCGUCCAUCGGCGGAGGCGUGCCAAUGCCUAGCGGUGACGUAUCGGUGGCGCCCGACGUCAGCGUGUCGCUUACCGAGGGGAGCGGGGACCUCUCGGUGCCCGGCACUGCGGAGGCGUCCAUUGGCGGAGACGUGCCCGUGCCCAGCGGCGACAUGAGCGCGUCGCUGCCCGAGGCGAGCGAGGAUCUCAUGGUGACCGGCACUGCGGAGGUGUCUGUCGGUGGAGAAGUGCCCGUGCCUAGCGGUGACGUCUCGGCGCCCGACAUGAACGCGUCGAUGCCCGAGGGGAGCGGUGACCUCGCAGUGCCCAGCACUACGGAGACGUUCAUCGGCGUAGACAUGCGUGUGCCUAGCGAUGACGCCUCGGUGGUGCCCGACAGCGGCGCGUCGGUGCCCAAGGCGAGCGGGGACCUCUCGGUGCCCGGCACUGCGGAGGCGUCUAUCGGUGGAGACCUGCCCGUGCCUAGCAGUGACGUAUCUGUGCUCGACACCAGCGCGUCGCUGCCCGAGGCGAGCGGGGAUCUCGCGGUGCCCGGCACUGCGGAGGCGUCCAUCGGCAGAGACGUGGCUGGCGGUGACUUCUCGGUGGUGCCCGACAUCAGCGCGUCGCUGCCCGAGGCGAGCGGGGACCUCUCGGUGCCCGGCACUAAGGAGGCGUCCAUCGGCAGAGACCUGCCCGUGCCUAGCAGCGACAUCAGCGCGUCGCUGCCCGAGGCGAGUGGCGAGCUCUCGGUGCCCGACACAAAGGAGCCGUCCAUCGGCGGAGACGUGCCCGUGCCUAGCGGCGACCUCCCGGUGCCCGACAUGAGCGCUUCGCCGCCCGAGGACAGCGGAGACUUCGUCGUUCCGGGUACCACCGCGUCGCUCACUGGCGUUUCUGGAACAACUGCGAACGAACCCGGUACGGAUUAUGCGACGGUGUCCGGCGUUCGCCCUUCGGCGUCGCCCAAGGCAAGCGGGGACCUCCCCGUCCCGGACCUGACGGACUCGUCGCCGCCACCAGGCAUUUCUGGAGACGUGGCUGCCCCUGACGCGGACCUUUCUGUGCCGCAAACGAGCGACGACGCCCAACCUUCCGCAGCGGAUGUUGCGGACCGUAGUGUCUCGGUUGUGGGCGAGGUAUCUGAGUUGGACGAUGGGGCGCCGUUGGCAGGAGAUGAAGCCGCCGCCGCCGCCGCCGCCACCGGUGCUGCUGCUACCGCCGGACUCUUUGAGCCCGAGAACGUGGAGAAGCUCGGUCCGACGUCGGCUGUGGUCGAGACGAGCGGAGACCCCGCCUUGUCCGGUGAUGACGUGCCGCCGGUGUCGGCCGUCGUCCCUGCAGAACCGAGCGCGACUAGCAUAGCCAUGGGAGACAUCCCGACGGCCGUGGGGGGAGAGGUUGCUGUUGAAUCGCCGUCCGCUGCUGCUGCCAUUGAGGAGAAGAAGGAGGAGGGGCUGGAGAAAGGCGGCCCUCCGGAGGGAUCUGCGGCGGAGGAGGGGGCGGCGGACGCUGUCAACCAACCAGUGGAGGAGCCCACGGUGUUGCCCCUUGUGGACGGCCUUCCGGAGGACGGGGCCGAAGAAGCAGAAGUCGCAGGCGUGACCACCGCCGACGGCACCCCGGCUUCAGCAGCAGCAGUCGAUAUUGUAGAAUCAGCAGAAGCAGUCGAUAAAGUAGCAGUAGGCGGCGCGGCAGACAACGUCGCGGACAACAUGGCGGCGGCGGACCAAGCAGUGGUGACGAGAGGCGGAGCGGUCACGGUCGGUGCCCUCGCAAACGAGGAGUUUUCUAUGGCGGCGGGGAAGGCCGGGCUGGAAGGGGACGACGGCAGCCUCGCCUCGUCGCGGGCGGCGGCGGCGGCGGCGGCGGCGGCGGAUGGUAGCGAGGGUGGGGUUUCCCGUCCGGCCUUGAGCGUCGACGACCCGCGCUCGACGGCGGCGGCAGCGGCUGUGGUUGUCGUUGCCGACGGUGACUCGCCGCUGCCGCUAACGGGUGCUUGCGGGGAAGGAGCCACGGCACCAGAGGCUUUCUCCGGCCGCAGCAGCGGCAGCACCGACGAGUUGCUGAUGCCGGCUGCCUCCCUGGACGAAGAAGGAGCGGGGGGGGGCGUGAACGACCCUGUACCUACCGAUGGCGAUUUCGCGGUGCCCCCCGGGGCUGCUGGCAAGGAGCGCCAGCCCCUCGCGGUGGAGGAGCAGUCGGCCGUGGCGGCGGUCCUCGAAGUGACGCACAGCUCGCCAGUGGAUGAUUGGACUUCCGCUGAUAACGCCGCCGCCUCCGUCGCCGUCGAAGUGACGAGGACUGCCCGCACUACCGUCGACGGAGGAGGAGGGGACUCGACGCCUGAGGUAAGCGUCGAGAGGAACGGCGGUGACGGGGCCGAAGAAUCAGCGGCAGCGGCGGCAGCGGCGGCUGCGGUGGCCUCGGAACGGUUGGGCAACGGCACCGGAGAGGCCUGUGUAGAGCUGGACAAAUCGAGCUCGCCGGUUGCGUCGCCACCCCAGGGGAUAGACGGUGCGGACGAGAGGGGAGACGACAUGGCGACGGGGACCGGGAUGCAGGAGGGGACCCAGGAGAGCGGGCAGGGAGCAGCCGAAAGGGAUUCGGCGAGCCCUGGAUUGCCGACCGGUUACGCGACCGGCGGCCACCCCACCGAGGAGAGCAUGCCGUCACCUUCAGCCAACCAAGUCCCGUCAACCCCGCAGGUCCGGGCAGACGUUAUUGGCGGGGGGAUCGGCGGACGGGCUCCGGCGGUACCCCCCCCGUCUGCCGGUGGAACGGUCCGAGAACCCGUCCGCCGCACCGGGACGGCGGUGCCUCCCAAUUCCGCUCGAGAAGCCGCCGCUGGUGCUGGCGAGAAAGACUGGCUGGAUGAGCUGAUCGAAAUGAUCUCCGACAAAUGUUUGACAUGUGCCGUCGAUGACGCCUCGUGAACUUAAUGUUUUAUUUGACGUUCUGCUGUGUACUGCUGCAUCGCGAGCCUCCCAGCCGUCGUAUUUCGCGCUUGUUUUUUUUUGUCUAAAAAUAUUAUCGUAGUUUAGCCCCA